AUGAAAUUGAACCCAGGUGAACGUAAAAGAAAAUUUCUUGAAACUCAUAAGCCAAAUUAUAAACUUGGAAGACUGACUAAAAAGACAAGGAUACCACUGUUGAAAGCUUUAGAAGACGACCUAUUGAGUGCAAAGAUUGGUUUUCAUAAACCAAGGAGUCGUGUUCCACCAUCACUUGGAAAGGGAUCUUCAUCACCAUCCAUAUCAGCUUCAACUCCACCACCAGUAUAUCAAUAUUUUCGUUCACCAGAACAUGUAUUAGCUUUUCAAAAUUUGACAACCCAAGUAGUUGAAGGUUCACUUGAUACAACCCCAACUUAUGAACCAAUAAAAGUGGAACAAACAAGUGAAGUACCCACUUUAAAACAUGAUUUAUCAAGAGUAUUAUUUUCACCAGGUGUUCAUUUUUUACAAGAUCCAAGAACAAAAGUUUUCAAUUUUGAUCCAUAUUUGAAAAAUAUUUUACCUGUUAAUGAAUUUGAUUUCCAACAUAUUACUCAAUAUGUUGCAUCUGAAAAAGAUAAAACCAUGUUGAAAGUUUCCAAAUUAAUCAAUACAAGAUAUUAUAGUUCCACAUCUUCAAUGACUGGUAUUUUAUCACAUCUCCAUUAUCUUUUAUCAAAUUUCAGACCAGUUAAUUUAAAAGAUUUAUCAAGAAAUGUUCGUUAUUCUCAUGUUGGUUUCAGUAGAGGUGCAAAAUUACCAGGUAAUGUUAUUGUUCGUAAAAUGGAACAAAGUGAUGGCGAAACUCGUUAUGCUAUUGAUUCUGAUAAAUAUGCAGAUAAAGAAAUGAUUUUAUCAAGGUUAGGUCACUCUUUAGAAAGAUUAUUAACAAAUGAAUCUGAAAUUUUCGAUAAAUAUAAAUUAUCAAAUAAAAGUGAAGAAAAUUCCAAAGCACAAUUAGAAAUGGAGAAAAAUUCAAAUGCUUAUCAUUAUGCCAAGAUGGAUAAAUUUUUAAUGAGAUCUCAAUUAGAUUGUAAAGAUGAAAGAUUACCAGGUACUGGAACAUUUGAUUUGAAAAGUAGAGCAGUUUGUGCUAUAAGACAUGAUGUUGCAUUUCAUGAAGAGGAAACUACUGGUUAUGAAUUAUUGAAAACAGUUGGAGAAUAUGAAUCAUUUGAAAAAGAAAUGUCGGAAUUAGCUAGAUCAACAUUAUUAAAAUAUUCAUUACAAGCAAGAAUUGGUAAUAUGGAUGGUAUUUUCCUUGCUUUCCAUAAUAUUGCCAAAAUGUUUGGAUUUCAAUAUUUACCCUCAAGUGAAAUGGAUAAAAUGAUUCAUUCAUUUGAUAAAUUAUCUUCAAAAUUUGCACAAGAUGAAUUUACAAUUUCCAUGAAAUUUUAUGAAAAGAUUUUAGAUGUUAUAACUAAUGAUUAUUUACCAAACACCUCAUUUAGAUUAGUUGUUAAGGCAGUCCCUCAAACAAUCAACGAAACCUGUUUAAUUGUUAUUGCACAUCCUGUUACUGAUAAAGAAAUUGAUGAAAUUCAAACUGCUGGUAUGAAAUAUUCAGAGGCAAUCACUGAGACUGCUGGUAUUAUUGAGAAUGAUGAAUCAAUUGAUGAGGAGACGAAAACUCAAAAGAAUAAGGAUAAAGAACGAGUUUCAAAACACGUUGAUAAAUUAAGAGAUUUGAAUGAUAAAGUUUACAAAAAUGCUCAUGGAUUUUCAAUUUGGAUAGAUCAAAAGAUAAACGAAAAAAGAAUACUUACAAGACAUCCAACAUAUCAAUCAUUAAAUGAUGAUUGGAAUGUUGAUUUCAAGAUUGAAAAAUUAAAUGAUGAUGAAACUAGAGAGAAUUAUUUGAAUUUUAUGGAUGAGAAAUGUAAAUUAUUAUUAGAACAUGGAUAUUCAAAAGAUGAUGGUGAACUUACAAAUUAUGUUAAAUUAUUAAGAGCUUUUAGCGAAAGGGGUAAAAAACGGGCAUUGGAAGAAGACAAUGAUAAAAUCAUUUGGAAUAAAGAUUAA